GCAUUCGGAGGUUCAAAGCAAACGUUCCAUCGCUCUCUUCUUCUGUCCUUCCGCGCCAGUCCAAUCUUCCAUUUUCGCGUGUGAAGAACUCUCUGCUGCCUCAGAAUCGGAACCGUACCUGUAACCACAAGACAACACAUUCUCAACUUUAGCAUGCAGCGCUGGGACGACAGCGCCAAUCCGCAUACGCCAGCCCGCUUUGCGCGCCGCCUGCGUGUGGUCACAGAGCCCCGUCGCAGCAACAGCAACAAGAUGCUUCGCACGCGCACCUUGAGCGAGCUGGUCUUCACGUCCCCACGCAACAGCCCGCGUGUCACGCCUCGCAAUGCUCGCUUUGACAUGGACAUUGAAGUGAGCACGUCGUUUGCUGAAGGCGACGGUAUGGUGGACUUACUCUCGUCGAAUCCCAUGUACAGCGCGGCACCUGAUGGCCCUUCCAUGGAGCAAUCACUAAUUGUCGUGGAAGACAGCGAGUCGCCUGACGAGAUGUUCCGGAGCCAUAGCGGCCAGACGUCGUUGCUGGAAGACUUGGAUGACCAAGUCUUUAGCGAUCGCAUGUCCGUCGACGACGAUGAAAUCGACUUGGAGCUCGAGGAUGUUGAGGAUGAAGCCAACGCCAUCAUCGACACUCCCACCACCGUGACCACUGUCGAGGACAACCAAGAUGAAAUCCGCCAAGGUCGGCCCACCGGAGUGUCCGAGGUCGUGGACAUGCUGUUCGAGAUCCACACGGCGCUCAAGUCCCGGCACAUGGGCCAGCGCACCGCCGCAUCAGCGCUGGCUGCGUCCAACCUCGUGUCGUCCGUGGCGUACCCAGCCAACCCCAUGCCCCGCGACGAGCAACUCGAAGUGCUCGACAACACACGCAAGAUGCUCGAGUGUGCCAUCUGCCAGGAGAUCUUCACCGGUGCCACCGAAGCACUGUGUUGUGGCCAAGUGUUUUGCAAACUGUGCAUUGAACGGUGGGUCAGCGAACGCAGCUCGUGCCCCAUGUGCCGCGACGAGCUCAGCAUUGCGCAGCUCGCGACUUCUCGCCACUGCCAGCGCAUGGCCAACGAGAUGACUGUGCCCUGCCCCUACUGCUCGGAAAACAUGAAGAAGGCGGUGCUGGAAGACCACAUGGACACCUGCGCCGAUGCGCCGCUGGAACCCCCUCCGCCAGCCGACGUGGCCCUGCGCGCCAACCUGCUAGCCGCGGCGCGCCUGACGACCCAGAUGAUGACUCGCUUCCUCGUCGCCCCGUCGCCCCCCGAAGCGCUCAUCACGCAGUGCUACAUCCGCACCCGGGGCAGCGGCAACUACGAACUGUACACCCAAGACACGGACGUGCUGCUCUGCACCGCCGUGCGCCGACGCCAGCUCGACAUGAGCGUGACAUUUUCGAUCUAUGCGUCCAGCGCCGCCGACGCCACCAUCGCCCGCCUCGAGCGCAACUUUGUCGGGUCCCAGUACACCGUGUUCAACACGACUGAGGAGCACAACACGGAGCUCGGCGCCGUGCAGUACGCCGCCACCUUCGGCAAGACCCCUCGGCAGAUGCGAGUGGCGCUACCCACCGUCUCCCGCCGCGCAUUGGCGUCCACGGCGGACGAACUGAACGCGUGGGGUGUCGACCAGUACACGCCAUCUUCCCGGGACGACUCGAUGCUGGCGCAAAUCGACCGCCCAGACGGACACCGCGCCAUCAACCUCAUCAACAAGCCCCCCGUGUGGAUCGAAUCCCUAGAAGCGUAUUGCUUGGACUUUGGUGGCCGUGUGGCGGCGGCAUCGGUCAAGAACUUUUUGCUGUCGCACCCAGAUGACAUGGACAAGACCAUGAUGCUGUUUGGGCGGACAUCGGACCGACAAGUGUACUCGAUGGACUACCGCCACCCGUUCUCGCCCGUGCAAGCGUUUGCGAUCGCCCUCAGCAGCAUGGACUCGCACCUCGUGACCUUUGAUUAAGGAGCAUAUUUCGAUUUUGGUAGUCGGGCCUAGGAGUAAUAUUUUUUAUCUAACAAGUUCGUGUAUUUUCACAACCUUUGCACUCAUCAUCAUCAUUUCAUUAUGAAGAGUCAUAUCCAAACUCGUCGUCUGCUGUGGCAUCAUCGUACGAGGCAAAUCCACGGGGAACGGCGCGACCGACUACUUCCGACUUCUCCAUCACGUUCCCUCGUGCUAGCCGCUGGGACUCGGAGUCACCGUACCGCUCCAGAUCGAGUCCUUGGGCGGCCAAGCCGCGCCGUAGGUCCCGUUGGACACCUCGAGUUUCAGGCAUCUCUGGUUUGUGUGUAUGAAAGUCACGAAGGGCUUGCUUGGAUCGCUCUUCCUUUUGUUCGGCCCGCAUCCUCUCGCCAGCUGCCUUCUGGCGUUCUUUGUCGCGGUCGUCGCGACGGGUUGACUUGGGCGGCCCCUUUCGCGGCAUGUCAAGAUGAGAAUUGGAGUACCAAUUUAUUCGGUCAUAAAUAGCUCGCUCAUAGAUAUCGCAUCUAUUUUUAGCAUCGUUUCCUUCCAUACCGUAGGGAAUUGGAAAUGAAGCGGCAACGAGCUAGCGACAACCUCGCAAAAGUCAACGAGAACCACUGACAUGUCACCAUAGUAUACUAACUAUAGAAAUACGAGGUCGUCGCCAAAAGGAUCGACGAGGUCAAUCCAAUCAUCACCGCUACUUCCUUCGAGGGUUGUCGCGCACUCAUAAAGCCUUGCAGCAGUAUCGGGUGCUUCGUCCGCUACGAUAUCCUCUUCGGAAGUUCCUUCGUCCAAGCCAUCGAAACUUUCGUCAUGCUGUGAGCUAAUCAGUGUACACAUAUCUCCUCGUCCGAGCUUGUCAUUUGCAUGUGGCUCCCCAUAGCGCUGCAACACAAGGCCUUUUUCCGCGAGAGCACGUCGCAAGUCUAGUCGGCCAGCCCGCGUCUCGGGCAUGGUAGCUGCUCGCUGGAACUGCCCUAGUGCCAGCGCUGCACGCUCGGCCAGUGAAGCGUCGCGCUUUCUCGCUUUGGCAUCGUCUUGACGCUGCUGUUGUCGUUCGUCCCUGCGGGUGGGUCGAGGUGGGCCUUUGCGUCCCAUGGUCGUUCGUCAGCAGAUAUAAAAUGAUGACUCACUGACAAAAGAAAAGAAU